AUCUCAGCAGUUUCCAGCUCAUAAAUAACCCGUGCAAAAGCCGGGAUCGGAAACUCUUGAUAUAAUUAUAAAUAAAUAAUUAAAUUAUUAGUUAAUUAAUUAAUUACACUACUCUUCUCCCUCGCGCUGUGGAGGCGGUGGGGAGGGAGAGCGAUGCGCGCGCCAUGGCCGAGGCGAAGGAGAUCUCCACCGCGAGCGGCGACGCCCCGUCCAGGAUUGAGUUACUUAGCAUGGUGAGAAAGCACUCCAACUUAUUGGGGGAGGCAGUUGUUGAUGAGCAAGAUGAUUCGGACAUCGGAAUGGAUGCUCGAUUCUGGCAUGAAAUGCUAGAUCUAUACUUCAUACGUGGUAGAGUAUCAAAGGGAAAGGAGGAGGACGAUCUCAUAUUUUUUGUUAGAAAUAUGAGCUUGCAUGGAUAUGGAUUCAAUGACAAUAUGGAGUCUGUUUCUCCGUAUUUUGUCCGCAGAUGGGCUCCCAUGCUUGAGAAAGUAGUUGGUGAAUAUUCUGGUGAUAUAGACUGGGGAAGUUCUUUUUACUUGAAUUUAAUUGCUCAUACAUCUUUCACCAUCACAGUAGCUAUUUGCAGUAUUCAAGAUCUUCGUAAACAUCAAAAUGGUGAGAAUACAUCAUUAUCUCCUAUAUACAAGGUUGUCAAGACUGUCUAUGCAUCCCCUAGCCGUGUUAAUUUUCACCUGGACGAGAGAAAGGCUGCAGAAACACUGCCUGCCUACCCAAACAUUUGUUUUGCUAUUGAUGACUUUGACGAUACUUUUGAUGCUGUGGUUUUGACAGAAGUAGAUCAUUGCUAUUGUGUAAUUCUUAACGCAAAUGGUGGGGCAGCGUUUCCAGCAGAUAAUGAUCCACAGGACAACAAUUUAAGCAGGCCUUCUGGGAAUGACAAUGAUGGCAAGAGAGUCAAGCCGUCUAAGCUUACCCUCUUCUCAGGAUUUGUCAGCUAUCAAAUGGUCCGAGAAGCAUAUGAUGCUGGGAAGUCUAGAUUUGGUAGCCUUCUAUCACUUGGCCAUUCUCACGAAAAGACCGACAGGCUGUACAUGAGGGGUCCCGGAGGACGUGGUGAAGUUGAAGUAGCCGUUUCGGGAAUAGCAGAUCAAAGCCGUGAAAGCACCGGUCCCAAGUCAUUACAUCAAUUAUCUAAGAAAGGCUUAGGGACUGGGCUAGGAAGCAUUGUUCAUAAAGCGGCUUCAGCUGCUUCUGAGUUGGCCAAGCAUGCUUAUGCUGCAACUUCUUCUGGCAGGAAAUUUGACGAAGAGCUUCUGCCCCUCAAGUGUUGCUUGAUGUCCAUUUCUCUUCCGUGGGAGACCAUCGCACAUGACCUUCUAUUCAAGGUAAGUGUUUUGUCAGAAUUUUGGGAGACCAUCGCACAUGACCUUCUAUUCAAGUCCAGCCCUCCACUGUCUCUAUGAUCAUCGGUAGGAACCAAGACGCCAUCAAAUGGCUAAUCUGGACAUGCUUUACAUCAAGUGCACUGCGCAAGUUAUGUAUAUCGACAAGUUCAAUUCCUUUUACAGUUAGCUUCAUUUAUUUAAUUGAUUGAAACUUGAAAGAGCUCUGUCCCAUUUUGAAUUUUGAAGUUGUAGCUACCUGCAUAGUGAGUUUCUCUGAUGUCUUGAAAAUACCUGGCCAACACUAAGAAAAGCGGAGAAGGUUUUCGAUACAGGAGAAAAUGGUUUGACUCGAGGCCCCGAGGGUCUCUAAAAUUGGUUUGAUUCUCAAAUUGAGCCUGUAUAUAUUCAUAAUAAGUACAAAUCUUUUAUGAAAUUGUUUAAGUUUCAUGACUGAGAUAUCUUUUAUCUGUAUAUUUUUGUUGGCUCUUUCUUCAUGGGGUGGUGAGUUGCGUCGGAGGUCCUCUACCUCUGCAUUGCAGGAGAUUUUAACUUUUCAUUUGUUAUUACAAUCAUGUCCUCGACCUCUAUUAUUUGUUUUAACC